GUCCUUUGGGAAGAGUCGCAGAGAGUUUUCCUCAGAGAGGGAGCGGAGUGGCGAGAGCUCGGGAGUCGACAGGAAGCUGCGCUGGUCUGGACACCAAAGACCCCAUCGCGUCCCGGACCACUGGGCUGAGAGAGAAGACGAGAAAGCGAGGAGCGAAAAGAGGAAGAAAGAAGUGUCAGAUGAUGAUGACAUCUGAUCUGGGUGAUAGUUGAUCUCUCUUUUCUGCCUGACAGCGUAAACUGCGGAUGUCUAAGCCCACCAGGAGUGACUUUUUGACACCUUUUCACACCGUCCGCGUCCUGCCUUCCUUCUGGAGAUUUAAAUCCGUGCAUUAAGUGUUUGUACAUUUUGGAUUCUACUAUUUCCACGUGAUAUCGUCUUUGUUUUAGCACAAACUCCUCAGGACAAUAAAUAAUCGCUCGAUUUUUCUUUUUUCUUUUUUUUUUUUUUAUUUUUGGCGAAGCUCAAGCAGCAGCAACGAGCGCAGCCACGUUACUCCUCUUGAAUCCGAGUGAAGGAUCUUGAGAACAAGUGCACAGCUCAGGAGGGGACAGACCGAGAAACAGACGGACAGGCAUCGAGCUACGGGGAUUUGUUAAUGUUUGGGAUCCAAGAGAGCAUCCAGAGGAGCGGCAGCAGCCUGAAAGAGGAGCCGCUGGGAGGCAUGAACGCUGUCCGGAGCUGGAUGCAAGGGGGCGGCGUGCUGGACGCCAACACUGCCGCCCAAAGUGGAGUGGGACUGGCCCGGGCUCACUUUGAGAAGCAGCCGCCCUCCAACCUGCGCAAGUCCAACUUCUUCCACUUCGUCCUGGCUCUGUACGACCGGCAGGGUCAGCCGGUGGAGAUCGAGAGAACCAACUUCGUGGACUUCAUCGAGAAAGAGAAGGAGACGAGCGGAGAGAAGACCAAUAACGGGAUUCAUUACCGGCUGCAGCUUCUUUACAGUAACGGCAUCAGAACAGAGCAGGACUUUUAUGUUCGACUCAUAGACUCCAUGACUAAACAGGCGAUUGUUUAUGAAGGCCAAGACAAGAACCCAGAGAUGUGCAGAGUGCUGCUGACACAUGAGAUCAUGUGCAGUCGGUGCUGUGACAAGAAGAGCUGCGGGAACCGUAAUGAGACACCCUCAGACCCUGUUAUCAUCGACAGAUUCUUCCUCAAGUUUUUCCUCAAGUGCAACCAGAACUGUCUAAAAAAUGCAGGAAACCCACGGGACAUGAGGAGGUUCCAGGUGGUGGUAUCGACUACGGUGAGCGUGGAGGGCCACGUCCUGUCAGUCUCUGACAACAUGUUCGUCCACAACAACUCCAAACACGGCCGACGAGCCCGCAGACUCGACCCUGUGGAAGGAACGCCGUCUUACCUAGAACACGGAGCACCUCCCUGCAUCAAAGCCAUCAGUCCCAGUGAGGGGUGGACUACGGGGGGCGCCACUGUCAUCAUCAUAGGGGACAACUUCUUCGAUGGUCUCCAAGUCAUCUUUGGUACCAUGCUGGUCUGGAGCGAGUUGAUUACGCCGCAUGCUAUCCGGGUGCAGACGCCUCCCAGGCACAUCCCCGGGGUCGUAGAGGUCACUCUGUCUUACAAGUCCAAACAGUUCUGCAAAGGCACACCGGGAAGGUUCAUAUACACAGCACUGAAUGAGCCAACCAUCGACUACGGUUUCCAGAGGCUUCAGAAGGUCAUCCCUCGGCACCCCGGGGACCCUGAGAGGCUGCCAAAGGAGGUUAUUUUGAAGAGAGCAGCCGAUCUGGUUGAAGCCCUUUAUGGUUUGCCCCAUAACAACCAGGAGAUCAUCCUGAAACGUGCAGCGGACAUUGCAGAAGCUCUCUACAGCGUUCCACGAGGACACACCCAGCUGUCCGGCUCCACACACAGUGGCAUGAUGGGGGUGAACUCCUUCACCGGGCAGCUGUCCGUCAACGUCUCCGAACCCACACAGGCCAAUCAGGGUUUCGUGCGCAGCAGCAGUAGUGUGUCACCUCAUGGUUACGUGCCCAGCACCACGCCUCAGCAGACCAGUUACACCUCAGUUACCAGCACCAUGAACGGCUAUGCUAACAACACCGGCAUGACCAACUUGGGAGGCUCGCCCACUUUCCUCAACGGCUCUGCGGCCAACUCGCCUUAUGCUAUUGUCCCAUCUAGUCCCACCAUGGCUUCCUCCACCUCUCUCCCCUCCAACUGCUCCUCCUCUUCUGGCGUCUUCUCCUUCUCUCCGGCCAACAUGGUGUCAGCGGCCGUCAAGCAGAAGUCCGCCUUCGCUCCAGUGGUCAGGCCUUCCUCCUCGCCUCCGCCCUCCUGUACCAGCGCCAACGGGCUCCAAGAUCAAACAUUUGUGGACUCUAGCAAGUACUCAACCGCCAGCUCCCUACAAGGCCUGGCCUUCACCUGAACAAUCCCGGGAAUGAUCGUCCCACCCAUGUAAAGGUGUGAGUGCAUGACUGUGUGUGUGUGUGAGUGUGUUUGUGUGCGUGCAUGCGUGCGUGUGUGUUUGUGUGCGAGUUGAAUCAAGCACACUCACACCGAUCCUGGCGGAGGAUUUCGGUGUGAGUCAGACUCCAGUCGGGGAUGGAAGCAGCUGUCCUGAUCUGAAGGAACAAACCCAACUCAGGCCCUUUCUAACACAAAAACAACUCCAAGAAAACAGAUGAAAAACAAAAAAAAAAAAAUCAACAAAAAAAUAUAUAAGACUGUUUGCGAGGAAAUAAGUUGUUUAGACUUUGUACACCUUGAUGCUUUUAUAGGAGAACGGCCACACCUACAUUAUGACUCUCCACGGACACAGGAAGUGUAUUUAUUUUGGAGAGAACCCACUUUUUCCCUUGAGUGAUUGUUGAUUUGUUUCGUUUCUUUUCAUGCAACAGUUAACUUGUGAUAAUCAUCUUCUAACUGUAUCUCACACGAAGGGAUUUUCUAUUUAUGAAGUUCGGUCAUUAAUGAAGGAAUAUAAUGUGAAGAAUGCCUGAGGGUGAUGAUGAUGAUGAUGGGUAAAAGCAAUGCUGAUGAUGCAGUCAUACAGGGUCAGAUCCAGCCAACACAGACAAGCCAAAUCAGAUGCACAUACAGUACUUUCACUUUGCCAAAUCCACGCCACCAUUUCAGCACAAACGCUUCACUUCUUCUGCAUUGGAUCACUCAGCUGUCUGUGAAUGAAUCCACAGUUUUAGUCAUUCGAGAAAGAAAGAUGUUUACUUUAACUGGCUUUAAAUUUACCUACACUGCAGCUCCAGCGUGGUAAAUUUUCUAGACAGACAAAAGCAGUCUUUCAGCCAAGAGAGAAAGAAAAUUCAGUCAUUUAACAAGCCAAAAGGAAUUCAUUGCCACCAGUGCAGCGUUAAUUCAGAAUAGAUUUGACCGUAAAAAGGCCAUAAAUGUCAUAAACUCCUUCCCCAGAGAGGAGUGUGUGAUCACUGGGUGCCAACAGUAGCUUCACUUUUGAGGGUUUGAUCCAACAAUUCUGCCACCGAGUCCGUCCAUCGGCCCUGUUGCCAUAUAAUGUGUUUUAAAAUCAGACACAGCGACCGCAGUAAGAGGGAGAACAUGUCUUAAAGACUGAUGCCUUUUUGACUUUGAUUUUGUUGUGUGAGAGUUGCCUUCUCAAAUUUUUGUCUUAAAAUAUAAAUCCUUAUUUUUGUUUUGCUUUUCUUUUUGGUUUGCCGUGUUGUUAAUAUUUUUACUGUGAUUAGCCGGCCAAUCAGAUUGUGUUUCCUUUGUUACACGCCCACUCAUCUGUGACUGACAAAUUGUAGUGGGGAAAUUAUCCAACGGUGUGUCUUAAAUGCUGCGCUGCAAAGAAUGUCAAGUCUCUUCAGCUAAAUUUCACUUUGUGAAAACACUCUUUUUCAACUCUGCCCUUGAAUUCAGUUAAUUUGCCUAAAACUUGCAUUCAGUUUUGCACUUCUUUAGAGGUAAAGACGAAGUAAGUGAAUGUGAAAGACAAAAAUACAUUUUUGCAGCGCAGGACAAUUAGCCAGCGAGAUGUCUUAAAUACUGGUGAAUGAGAAAAGUAGCUGAUGGUUUGUUGUCACUGCUCCCUCAGCCCAGCAGCCCACACAGCUCAGAGUGUGUGCUUCAACAGUCUUAAUUCAGUUGUGAUGGUGUUAAUUUUGCCAAAGUCCUUACUUGAGACAUGGAUGCCUCAAAGGUCUUAUGCCACAUCUGUCAAUGCUUCUUGUCUUUUCUCAUAAGCUGUGUAUGAAUGCCAUAUGUACAACUGUCAGACCUGCAGCCGGCAGUUUGAUUGCUUGUUUGUCAUUCAGGUUGAUGAUAUUUGCCACAAAUAUGAAAUAUCUGAAAGUGAAUUUGGAUUCUAACUAGCGCUAAUCAUGUGCUGACACAGUAAAUCCAUCUCAUCUGAUAAACAGGAAUCAUUUAUAACUCCUGCCUGAGGGGAUCUGCCUGGAUGUUGUGCUCAAAAAGGGGGAAUAAGCAUCCUUCAGGCUUUAAAUUCAAGCUAAAUUGGUGAAAGCCAGAAGUUAGUAGCAUCAGUGACUAAGGUUUAUGGCCUGUCGUUUAAGCUGUAAACAAAAAUUGUGAUGAGCCAUUAACGUUUUCCAUUCGACGGUAAAUUAAAUUUCUUUAGAAAACUGUUUGAGUGAUUUGCUGAAAAAAUCUCACACCUUUGAAGUUGUUGAGAUGUGUUCCUCACUUGCUUUGUUUCUCCUGUCUAAGGAUUUGAAUGUUGCUAAGACAUCUUAUUUGUUUUUGUAUUAUACUGUCUGUUCAUUGAAAGCCAUACUUCCAUUGCUAAUUUCAGUCAAACUAAAAUAAGCCAUGAUGUAAUUUUUAUUUCGUUGUUUUUGUAAGUCAAGCAUCAGGAGGAUGUUUUACAUUCUGUCACAAUGUUGCUUGUAUCAUUGCUAAAUCAUUUUGUUGCAUUAUGUAGGUGUAUGUUUAUUACGACUAUCUGUGUUUGUCUUACAUGUGAUGGAUUCAUUUGGUAAUGAAUGCUCAAAGAGAGAAUCUCUUCCCUGUGUUCUGCAGCCACAUCUCCUGCUUCAGUUUUCUUUUAAUACUCUGUAUGUUUGCCCUCUUUUUCCCCUUUCCUUCACUUUUCCUUUUUUUAAAAAAAAAAAUGAGCCACCUAUUUAUUUGAUCUCAAAUAUGGGUCUGGAGACCACUCUUCUGUUUGCGUCGACUUGUGGGAGUGUCUGAAUGUGUGUCAUCUUUUUUUUCUCUCUCUCUCUCUGAAAUAAAAAUGUGAUGUUUUAAAGCUAAGGGAUGUUUUUUUUUAGUACAUAUAUAAAUACCUGUACAGGAAGGAAUAAGUAGAGGGUUUGGUUGAAGGGAGUAUGAUACGAAGCACUCGUCCAACAGUAGUUAAAAACAUUUAUCAUGGCUUGUCUGCGUUCAGGCUGACAGUGGUGGUCAUCAUUCAUACACACAUUAUCAGCAGUACCAGUGUGGAGGAGACACAGUACAGAGGAAACUACUGUAAAGAUGAUAAUGUUGAGGUUUUUUUUGUUAUUAUUUUAAACUUUGAAGUGUAAAGUAACUUUUUGACUCUCACUAUAUUUAAUUAAAGUUCUUUCUUCUCUGUGAAA